AUGUCUGAUGAAGAUAUAGUGAAGAGCUUUAUGAGUAAAGUGAAUGAAAUUAUAAACGCCGUCAGAAGUCUUGGUGAGGAAAUCAAGGAUGCAGUAGUAGUAAAGAAGAUUCUCAGGUCCUUACCGGAUCUCUAUAACCCAAAGAUGUCUGCUAUAGAAGAGUCAAAGAACUUGAAUGGGUUGAGUUUAGAUGAAUUGCAUGGUAUAUUGACCGCAUAUAAAAUAAGAAUGGUGAAGCCUAAAUCCACAGAGAAGGAGGUUGCAUUUAAAGCCAUAAAGAAGUUGAAAAUUAAGCAAGAAAAUGAUAAUGAAGAUUCUAAUGAUGAGCUUAUUGCUUACCUUGCUAGGAAAUUCAAGAAUGGUAAAGCAAGCAAUGACCAUCAAGAAGAGGAAGAAAAAUCUGAUAAGGAUGAAGAAUCAGAAGUUGAAGAUCCGGAAACUAUUUUUUAUACUACCUUAAAUGAGCUCAAGAUAGAAAGAAAGAGAAGCAAGAUGUUGGAGAAGCAGUUUGUAGAAGAAGGAGAAAAAAUCAAUCAACUAAAGCUCACCAUUGAAGAAACACAGAAGAUGACUGAAGAUAUUAGCAUUAACUUAUCUAUGAAAGUUGAUCAAUGUGCCAAGCUUGAAGAAGAAAUAGUAAAACUAAAGGUAGAACUUGAAAUUUUGAAUAAUAAGGGCUAUUUUACAGUUGCAAAUACAUCUCCAAUAGUUACAACUGUGAAUGACAAGGGCAAGGAGAGAGUGAAGAUAAAUGGGAAUGACACUGAACAUAAUCCAGUCAGGUUUGUUAGUGAGAAGAGAAGAGGUUCAAGGCCUAUGAAUUCUACUAGCAAGAAGGUUGAUGAGGAUAGGUUUACUACAGUAUACUAUCAGAGAUCCAAAGACUACAUGAAGAAUAUUUGGCAAACUCAAAGGUUCAAUGGGUAUUGUUAUGGCUGCAACAUGUAUGGACACAGAGUAACAGAAUGUAGAAGGAAUGUCAAGCCUGCAGUUGUCAAAAUGAAGAACAGGUUUGCACCAUUGGUAGAUCAGAAUGUGGAAUGUUUUAGAUGCUACAAGCUUGGUCACAUUGUAAGAAACUGUAAAACCUUGCUUCCCUCUCAAAGGCAGUCUAUGAAGAAGGAGAAGAAAUAUCACACAAAGAACAAGAAGGUGUUCAUAAAGAAGGAAGCCAAAAAAUCCAUCACUGUAUCUGAAAAAGCAGUUUGGGUUGAGAAGAAUAUAGGAGAAGGCAACAAAUCAUUGAUUGUUCAGACGACUUUUAAGGCUCAAAGAAGAUCAUCUCCAUGGAUUCUUGACCGUGGGUGUUCUACUCAUAUGACAGGUGAAAGAGAUAGAUUUUUAAAUCUUGAUAAAGUUGAAAGUGGCUCAGUUAGAUUUGGGAACAAUGAUUGGGCCAAGAUUGAAGGCAAGGGCACAGUCAACUUAGAUCAAGGAAGAAUAAAAUCUGGUAGGGUGUUGUAUGUGAGCGGGUUGAAACAUAACCUUCUGAGUGUGAGUCAGAUAUGUGAACAAGAAAAUGAGGUCUUAUUUACGAAGGAAGGUUUUGAGAUAAGGAAGACGAAAAAUGGAAAGAAAGUGGCUCAUGGUUCCAGGACAGAUGGGAAUUUGUAUGUUCUUUCAGAGAGCAAUGAUGACAGUUGCAUGAUUAGUCAGGAGAAUGAAACCACACUUUGGCACAAAAGACUUGGGCAUAUAAAUUUCAAAAACUUAAUCAAGUUGAGAAAGAACAAUGGUGUUAGGGAUCUUCCAAAAAUCAAGAACCUCACAAAUCAUGUUUGUGGACCAUGUCAGAAGGGUAAGCAAACAAGGGCUAUAUACAAGUCAAAGGAGCACUAUGCUAGUAAGCCUUUAGACUUAAUUCAUACAGAUUUGUGUGGACCAAUGAGGACUCAAGCAAUUGGAGGAGAGAAAUAUUUCAUGUUACUUAUUGAUGAAUACUCAAGGAUGACAUGGGUCUUUUUCCUCAAGGACAAAAUUGAAGCCUUACACUGCCUCAAGAUGUUCAAGAAAAUGGUUGAGAAUGAGACUGGCAAAACAAUUAAGUACAUCAGAUCUAACCAAGGAAAGGAGUUCACAUAG